CUGCCCUCUGCUGCUCCACCCAACCUGUUGCCUACACCGCGGAGGAGAUCCAGCUCCAGAAGUUGCCGAGAAAGGUCCUCAAAGAUGUUCUUCAGCAGCCAGCUAAAACUCCUUCUAGCCAUCCUUCUCACACAAGUGGGCAGUGGUUUGGCUGUGCAGGAGAUCAAGACCGAUCAUGAAACUGUCCUGAAGAUCAACACUGCAGGGAAAAUGAUGAAGUGUUCUGCAGUUAUGGAUGUGCUCUUUGUGAUGGAUGGCUCCUACAGUGUUGGAAAGGGUGGGUUUGAGAGGUCUAGACAUUGUGUUCAGAAACUGUGUGAAGCUCUGGACAUCAGCCCUAAAAAGGUGAGAGUAGGAGUCAUUCAGUUCGGCUCCACUCCCAGACUGGAGAUCUCUCUGGACUCCUACAGCAGCAGAGAGGACCUGAAGAAGCGCAUCAAGAAAAUACAUUACAGAGGAGGGAGCACCCAGACCGGUCUGGUUUUGAAGUAUGUGUUGAGGAAGGGGUUUCCCAGCAGAGGGAAUUCCAUUGUGCCUCGCAUCGUCAUCCUGUUAACUGAUGGAAAGUCCCAGGGUGCUGUGCAGCUGGCUGCCUCUGAGCUCAAGCAGUCUGGAGUCUUGCUGUUUGCUGUGGGCCUCCGAUAUCCCAGGUGGGAGGAGCUCCACUCUCUGGCUAGUGUUCCUGUGGAGAGUCAUGUGUUUUUUGCAGAGCAUUUCAGUGAUGCUGUGAACGGGCUCCUCACCUCCCUCUCCUCAUCUUCGUCGUCCUCCUCCUCCUCCUCCAUCUGCAUGGCCAUCCCAGCAGGGUGUACGGCGGAGUCCUAUUCAUGUGUGCAGAAAACCCUGGAGACUAUCAAACAGCUGCAGGGAAACUUUAUGUGCUGGAAGGGAUCUAAGGGCUAUUCACCACACACCUCCUUAUGUCCAUAUUACAGAUACACCAAGGCUUACAAACAGCUCCCCACAGUCUGCCACCGAACAGUAUGUGCAGAUCCUUGUGAUUCCCAGCCAUGUCAGAAUGGUGGGACGUGUAUGUCUGAGGGGCUGGAGAAAUACAGCUGCGAGUGUCCUGCAGGCUACGGCAGUGACCCAAACUGUGCUCCCUUGCUGACUUUGGACUGCUCUGUGGAUGUGCUUUUCUUGGUGGAGAGCUCUACUGCUCUGACCCUGGAAGGCUUUCUGCGAUUGAAAUCCUUCCUGAAGCGCUUUAUGCAGGCUGUGCUGAGCUCAGACACUCCAGUGAAGAUCGGCCUGGCCCAGUAUAGCAAUGAUGUAAAGCUUGAGGCCCAGAUUGGGCAGCACAGAGAGCUGGUAAAGCUGGUGCAAGCUGUGGAUUCUCUGCAGUAUCGAAAGGGAGAGGCCAAGACAGGGAAUGCUCUGCGUUACAUCACACGCCACGGCUUCCAGAGCGCACCUGUAUUUGCUGAUGUUCAGGAUGACCUGCCACGCGUGGUGGUGCUGAUUACUGGGUCACCAUCCGCUGAUCCUGUAGUGGAGCCGGCCAAAUACGCACGAGACCGGGAGAUUUUCAUCAUUGGAGUGGCGCCGGAGAGAAUGAAGGAAGAGAUCAACAACAUCACAGGAAAUCCUCAGCGAACCAUCACUUACAGCAGUCCUGACAGGCUGAGUGCAAAAAUUCCUGAGCUCAAAGCCAAAAUCUGCAGUGUGGACAACCAGGGGUGUCUGGGGCAGGCGGUGGACCUGAUCUUUGUUCUGGAUGCCUCAGCGAGUGUGGGCAAAGACAACUUUGUCCAUCUGCAGGACUUUGUGCGUAGCACCUCUGUGCAGUUUGACGUUAACCGUGACGUGGCUCAGGUGAGCCUGGUGAUUUAUGGUCGACGGCCUGUCUCCGUCUUUGAGCUGGACACUCAUGACUCAGGCUCAGCCGUGCUGAGAGCGGUAGGGGAAGCAUCCUUUCAGGGUGGAAAAGGUUCCACAGGCUCUGCGCUGCUCCAUGUCCACUCUCACAGCCUGACGAUGGGGAAGGGAGCACGGCCAGGGGUCAACAAGGCUGUCAUUGUCCUGACGGACGGGACAGGAGCAGAGGACGCAGCAGUGCCUGCUCAGAGGCUCCGGGACAAUGGGGUGUCCGUGUUUGUGAUUGGAACAGGAGAUGUGCAGAGAGACAGCCUACUGCGCAUUGCCGGCUCUGAGGAUCAUGUGAUUACUGUGCCUUUCUACGAGGACCUGAAGUACUUUGAGGACGUGCUGGUGCAGAUGGUAUGCUCAGAUGUGAAGAAGCCGGUGAACCUAUGUAGACCCAACCCGUGUAUGAACGAUGGCAUUUGUGUCCUACUGAACAGGAGCUAUCGCUGUGAAUGCAGAGGCUGGGAGGGCCCCCACUGCGAGACACGAAGUAGACAGCAGCCCUCCAGAGGAGACCUCCCUAAACCUGCAGCACAGAGACGCCGCCAAAGAACAAGCAGCAAAGAGCUACUGCAGCGCUACAGAGAACAUCGCAGGAGACAUGCUGGACGUUCACAGUGAUGAGCCAGAUAGCGCACACAAGGCAUUCCACACUCUUAUUCACUCCGUAGAGAGCGUCACAUCUUACCUACCAGGAGAAAAGGGAAACAUUAAAGGGAAGUAUCUAUUCUGCCUGGCUUAUUAUGAGGUAUUUAGUGCAGGAAAUUGGAGAAUCCUCAGACUUGCUGCAGCAACAUCCAUCACCGGCUCUGUCAUCAUUACAAUGGAUGAGUAAACAUAUAAUUACACUCCCUGUGAGGUGACGAGGGAAGCCACUUCGUUUUUUAACAGUUUUGAAGAUUGCUCUUCAUCAGGCCUUUUUAAACAUACAGCUGUUAAAGCAAGAUCCAAUUAGUGUAACACAACAAAACAAUUGUAGCCUAAUGUCAAUUAAAAAGAUUAGUGCCUUAUGUCAGGAGCUUCUUUAUAUAAAUGCUCUUUGUUUUUUCAUGUGUUGUUCAUUAUCAGGACGUAAUUAUCAGGUUAAUUUUCAUCUGCAUUGCUUAAGGUCAAUUUUAUGUAGUGCACAAAAGUCAGAGACCCCCCUUCAUUUAUUUAAUUUCCAAUGAAAUUGGCCAUUUAAUUUCCAGUGAAAUUCAUUUUUUCAGCACAGGAAAAGGUAGAAAAACUACAUUCAACAGAAAAGCACUUAGAAGCUUCAACAACUGAAUGUAAAACCAUCCAUCCAUCCAGUUUCUAAGCCGCUUCUCCGUCAGGGUCACGGAGGGGUGCUGGAGCCUAUCCCAGCAGUCUUCGGGC